AUGGGAUCCAUGGGUAGAUUAAUCUCCUCGGUCUCGGGCCCGUUCCAGCCGUUCGGCGGCGCCGUGGACAUAAUAGUGGUGCAGCAGCCGGACGGGUCGCUCAAGAGCUCGCCGUGGUACGUGCGGUUCGGCAACUUCCAGGGCGUGCUGAAGCGGCGCGAGCGCGUGGUGUCGAUCAUCGUGAACGAGGUGGAGGUGGAUCUGCACAUGUUCCUCGACACCAACGGCGAGGCCUUCUUCCUCCGCCACACCGGCACCGGCGCUGGUAGCGGCGACGAGGAGGAGGAGGACGACGAGGAGGAAGAGGAAGAGGAGGAAGAGGAGGUUGAGGAAGACGAUGAGUUGGAGGAAGAGGGUGCGGGGUCAGAAGGAGGCGAGGAGGAGGAGGAGGAGAUGGAGAUGGAGGGGCAAGGACAGGGCGAGCCGCAGCAACGGAAGGGAGCAGCCACGGCAGACGCAGCAGGGGUGGACGUGCGGGAGAUCGAGCUGCUGGAGGAGGAGGAGCUGGCCAUGGCGCGCGCGGCGGGCGUGGAGCCGGAGCUGCUCAAGAUGAUGGCGGAGGCCAACCGCAAGAUCCUCACCGACGCCAAGUCGCCCUACCGCGUCGUGCGCUCGGGGAAAAAGCCGCCCGGGUUUAAAGCUGGUGCUGCUGGGAGUAACCGUGAUGAUAGCCCCGGCGGCAGUCGCGUGCUGUCGCACACGCUGUCGGAGCCCGAGCACCCGUCGUCCACAGGGUCGCUGCCUUCGCUGGGUCGCACGCGGGACAAUUCGUCGCUGUCGCGGCAGCUGUUUCGAAGCCACUCGCAGUCCGACUUGACCGACGCAACGGAACCCGCUGCCUCUUCCGCAGCGCCACCCGGGGACGGCGAGGGGGCUGAAGUUACAGGGCUUGCAGGGAGCGAGCGAGGGGGCGAUCUCGACGACGCGAGCGCGUCGCAGGUGUUAUCGCAGCUGGCGGCGUCGCAGGUAGACCCGUCGCUCAACGUAACCCCGCCUCGGCCCCGUGCGGGCGCGUUACCUGUCGGUGCCGCGACCGCGCUUGCGUCGGUGGGCGGCGGGGUGUCGCCCGUUCCGGGGUCGCUAAGCCGUUCGCGAUUGAAGCAGUCUCGUAGUGCGGGUAGCAGCAACGAGCUGGCUGAUCCGAUGCUGGAGGGAGGGAGAGCAGCGGCAGCGGGCAGCGCGUCGGACCUAGCGCUGGGAAUCAACGCCACUGCAGCGCAGCUCGCGUCUGCUACGCAAGCAGCCGUUUCCUCGGGCGCGGGCAAGAGCGUACGCAGCUUGGGCGCAAGCGCGAGCGCAAGCGGAAUGAGCGCGAGCGCGCCGUUCGUGGGCAUGGUGGCGAGCAGCAGCGCGGGAUCGCUCGCGGAUCACUCCGACCUCGACCUCCCGCUCCCCCCGCCCGCACUUGCCCCCGCCUCCGCGCCCGCGUCCGUGUCCUCCUCCGCGCAAGACCUCGCGCUGGUCGUUGCGCGCGCGGGGAGCGCGGGGAGCGCGGGGAAUGCGGGCUCAGGCGCUGGGGCUGGUCCGGCGCGGAAGGGCGCAAGGGAGAGUGGUGCGUUUGCGGGUGCGGGAGAGGAGGAGGAAGGGAGCGAGGGGAGGGAUGAAGCGGAUUUGGAUCCGGUGCUGAGAGAGGGGAGGGAGAGAGAGAAGCGGUGGCGGCAGGUGGUGGUGCAGGCUGCGGAGGUGAUUCAGGAUGCGCCGUGGGCGUGCGAGGGCGAGUAUGCGGACAUGCAGAGGCGCAAGGAGGAGAGCGCGCGGCAGCAGGGCGCAGCGCCAGCGGGCAGGCGCAGCUGGAGCUGGUUCAGCUGGCGGUCAAGGCAGCAGAAGGCCGCUGCUGCCGCCGCCGCUGCUGCUGCUGCUGCUGGUGGCUCGGGAGCAGGGAACGGCGGGGCAGGUGGCGGGAAGGGCGAGGGUGGGGCGAGUGGAGAUGCAAAGAGCGGCGAAGGAGAAGUGGGUGUGCGACAGAGAGGGGGGCGGUCUCGCGUGGUGGAGUUCGAAAUUGGCGAUGGGGAGGGCAGUGGGGAUGCGGGAGGGAAGGGAGGGGAGGACAGGAGGCGGGAUAGAGGUGAGGAGCGCGGUGGAGGGGACGGUGAUAGGGAGAAGGGCGCAGGGACGAGGGCGAGUGGCCGGGAGCAAGGGGAAGGGGAGGAGGCGCAUGAGGGCGAUGGGCGGGGGAGCGCGGGGCAGGGCGGGGAGGCGGCUUCAGUAGAGCUGAUAGAGGAGCUGUUCGACCGCAAGUGGGUGGAGGAGUCCCAGCUCAGGAGCCGCAAGAGCGGACAGGGGGGCGAGAACAGAUCGUCCGGGGUCGGCGCCGGGGGGCAGGAGAGAAGGGCGCAGGGGGAGGAAGGAGGAGAGGUAGGGGAGGGGGAUGAGGUGGACGGGGAGGAAUGGGAAGGGGAGGAGGGGCGGAGGGUGUCGUUUGCGUCUGUGAAGCGGGGCGGCAGUGGGUCGUCGUCUUCGUCCUCCGCCAGCCUGCACAGCCUGUCGCCCGUGGAGCUGUCCCGAACCAGCAGCGCCGACGCUCAUGCACACAGCGCCCUCGCUCAUGCCAUGCCUGCUCAUGGCUCUGCUGCUGCUGAUACUGCUGCAGGUGCAGGUGCAGCAGGGAGGGGUGUGGAUGAAAGGGGAGGGCAGGCAGAGACGGCAGAUGGAGAAGGGGGAGAGGUGGGCGGGUCGGGUAAGAGGGAUUUGUUCAGGCGAGCGCUGUCGGAGAAUCAGCAGUUCUACUCGUUCAAGAAGUCGGCCUCUGACUCGGGGGCCUCUGUGGAGGGAUCUGGCGAGACGGAGGUGGCACAGGGGGGACGUGGUGAGACAGGCAGAGUGGAGUCAGAGCACACAAAGGGAGAGCAGGAGGCAGCGCCGGAUAGCGAGGCGAAGCAGGAUGCGGCGAGACAAGUAGAGGAGUGUGUACAAGGAGUUGAAGCAGAGCCGACACGAGCAGUGGAGCUGGCCAAUGGCACGGUGCCACGUGUCUGUGUGGAACCUGAUGAUGUGGACGGCAGGGAUGGUAGCGAGGGUGGACGCUCCUCACUGCCUCUGCCGGCCCCUGUCUCCCAUGGUGACAGUACCGAGCGUGGCGGCCAUGCCAGUGAGUGUGACAGUAUCGAUCGUGAUGGUAAGGAGGGGCAUGAGGGGCUUGGUGUGGGCGAGGAGUGUGAAGGGAAGGGGUUGGUGCAAGUGGAGGGGAGGAAUGGGGAGUUGGAGGCAGGGGGUGAGGCUGAGGUGGAGGCGAGAGAGGAGGACGGUGAGGAGGAGGGCCCAGGGAGUGGAAAGGCAGGGGGAGGGGGCAAGAAGAAGAGGAGGAAAAGAAGAGGGAAGAAAGGAAAGGGGGAGAAGGAGGAGGAGAGCAUGGGGGAGAGAGGUAGGGAAGAGGAGUGUGGGAAGGUAGGUGAGGCAGGUGAAGGUAGUGGUGGUGGUGGUGGUGGGGCAGAGAGCAGGGAGGGUGUGCGCAGUGCAGAGGCGGGUGAGGCGCACGAGAGAGGCGAGCACGGUGAGAAUGAUGGCGGUAGCUCACUGCGUGGUGUCAUGAUGGCAGGGGAGAAGGUAGAGAACGAGGGGGACGAGGGAGGAGAUGGGGUAGAGAAGGGCGAGGGAGAAACGGAGGGGGAGGUAAAAAGGGAGGAAGAGGGAGAAGGGCAGAGAGCAGAGGAAAGGGAGAAGCUGGUGGGGAUGGAGGAUGGAGUGGCAGGUGCGGCUGUGGAUGCUAGUGCGGCAGGUAGUAGCGGGAGCUAUGGCGUUGGUGAAGUGGCAAGCGAGGUGCAGAAGAGAGUGCGGGAGGUGCAGGAGGAGGGGGUACACGAGGGGUCUGGAGAGGGGGACAGUGGAGGUAGAGGGGAGCGUGACGGGGCUGUUGAGGCACGCAGAGAAGAGGGCGAGGUGGGCGCGGAGGAGAGCGGUGAGGGCGUGGUGGUGGUGGUGGGGGGUGACAGUGCAGGUGCAUGCCACAGCAGUGUGGGGCCGGGCGCUGGUGCCGUGGGUGGUGCGGUGGUGCGCGGAGAGUGCGUGGAUGAGGGUGGGAAGGAGGGGGCAAAGGAGGUGAAUGCCAAGGAGGGUGGGGAGGAGGAGAGUACGAAGGUGGGGGGUGGGGAAGUGAGUGCGAAGGAGGAGGGUGCGAAGGAGGAGGGUGCGAAGGAGGAGGGUGCGAAGGAGGAGGGUGCGAAGGAGGAGGGUGCGAAUGAGGAGGGUGCGAAUGAGGAGGGUGCGAAGGAGGAGGGUGGUGAGGAGGAGGGUGGUGAGGAGAGCACUCGUUCGACGGAGGGUGAGGAGUACGGGGAGGCGCAUGUGAGUGAUAUGCAAGAGAAGGCACGUGAGGAUGGAGUGGUGGUGGCCGCGAGAGAGAGGGUUGGCGCGGCAGCGCUGGCGGUGUGCCGGCACCUGCUCUUCCCCAAGAUGGGCAGCGAUGCAGCGGCCACGGUGUUCAACGCCGCCAAGAUCACGUGGCACCAGUUCCGCUGCAACGCCCCCUCCAUCCUCUCUAACGACCGCCUCGUUGUGCGCGUGGGCGACAGGUACUACCCCUGGUCCGUUGCUGCCCCCAAGCUCGUCGGCAUGCUCGCCUUCGGCCAGAUGAUGCCUCCCCUGCUAGACGCCGAUGGCGCCAUUCCUGUGGAGAAACCGCCGCCCCCUCCCCCGCCGGCGCCUAAGCCCGGGCAGGAGCAGAAGCAGCUGGUGGUGAGGGGCGCGGAGGGGGGAGGCUGGCGGUUGUGGCCGUUUGGGGGCAGGCGGGGAGGGGCAGGGGGGGCGGUGGGAGCAGCGGGGAUGGCGGCGAAGGUGAUGAGUGGGGGGGCGGUGCAGGCGGACGUGAUGCUGGCGGCGGCAGCAGCAGCCAACGUGGCGAUCCACAUGGAGAGGAGCAAGGCCGGAGGGGGCGGUGGCGCUGCUUCCGCCGCCGCAGCCGCCGCUGCCGUGCAGUUCGCACAGCCGGGGCUGUUGCGAGGGGGGCAGCAGGCGCAGCUGCUGCUGCGGGAGCGCGAGAACGAGUUCUACGAGCGCGCCACGCACGUGCGGUCGCUGACGCCCACGUCGCAGCAGCUCAAGGCGCUGGGGCUGAAAGAGGGCAAGAACCGCGUGCAGCUGACGUUCACCACUCGCAUGUGGGGGCGGCAGGAGGUGCAGUGCUCGCUGUUCGUGUGGCGGUGGAACACACGCAUCGUGAUCAGCGACGUGGACGGCACCAUCACCAAGUCGGACGUGUUGGGGCAGGUGAUGCCGCUCAUGGGAGCGGACUGGACGCAGAUCGGCGUGGCCAGGCUCUUCACGGCCAUCCGGGCCAAUGGCUACGAGCUGUUGUUUCUCAGCGCCAGGGCCAUCCAGCAGGCUGCCCUCACUCGCUCCUUCCUCUUCUCCCUGCGCCAGGACGGGGAGUUCUCGCUGCCCGAGGGCCCCGUGGUCAUCUCACCGGACGGGCUCUUCCCCUCGCUCUACCGUGAAGUCAUUCGCAGGGCCCCUCAUGAGUUCAAGAUCGCAUGCCUCUCGGACAUCCGCGCACUGUUCCCGGCGGACGUGAAUCCGUUCUACGCGGGGUUUGGCAACCGGGACACGGACGCGGUGUCGUACGAGGCCAUGGGCAUUGCACGCGGCAAGAUCUUCACCAUCAACCCCAAGGGCGAGGUGACGGUGAACAAGGUGCUGAGCGCCAAGUCGUACGUGUCGCUGCACGACCUCGUGCACGACAUCUUCCCCGCCUUCGCCCUCACCACGCCCCAAGGCCCUGAACCCGAGGACUACAACGAUUGGAACUAUUGGAAGACGCCCAUACCAGUCAUCGACGAGGACCUGCCUGAACUCCUCCCCAAGCGCGCUGCGUCGCGCCGCCGCUGA